GCUGAUGCGUGAAAGCAAGAUAAAGAAAGAGCUGAAAAUUUGUAAACGGAGUAGGCCAAGAGCUUAAUAGAGUAAAAGCAAAAGUGGAUAUAAGUUGGGAGGAAGAAGGGUGUUUAGAUCUUGGUGUAGUGAGUCGGUGGGGAAUGAAAUGAGACCUGCGAAGCACUCGUCAGCUCUUGUUCGUCUUGUGUGUGUUGCUGCUCUCUUCUCCAUCAUCCUUGUCGCCAUUCAGUCCUCUUUCUUCACUCCUACUCGGACUAUCUACCCAGAGGAUAUUCGGAUCUUGUCCCACUUCCAGUCUAACCUUCAGCAAUGCGUCGCUAAUCGAGGGCUGGGAUUGACGGCUCAUAUAAUUGAUCAUUGCAAUGUGAUUCUCAAGUUUCCACAAGGAACUAAUAGCACUUGGUACAAUGAGCAGUUCAAGAUAUUUGAACCAUUGGAGUACAAGUACGAUGUUUGCGAAGCAAUACUUCUGUGGGAGCAGUAUCGUAACAUGACGACAGUGUUGACAAGAGAAUAUUUGGAUUCUCGACCUGAUGGAUGGUUUGACUAUGCAGCAAAAAGGAUUGCACAGCUUGGAGCAGACAAAUGUUACAACCAGACUCUUUGUGAAGAACAUCUCAAUCUAAUUUUACCAGCUAAGCCUCCCUUUCACCCUCGACAAUUCAAAAGAUGUGCAGUCGUUGGUAAUUCUGGAGACCUCUUGAAGACGCGAUUUGGAGAAGAAAUUGAUAGUCAUGAUGCAGUAAUACGAGACAAUGAGGCCCCUGUUAAUAAGAAAUAUGCCAAGCAUGUUGGCCUGAAGAGAGAUUUCCGCUUAGUUGUGCGAGGUGCUGCUCGAAACAUGAUUAAAAUUCUCAAUGGUUCUGAUGAUGAGGUGCUUAUAAUUAAAAGUGUCAUCCAUAGAGACUUCAAUGCAAUGAUAAAGAAAAUCCGGAAUCCGGUCUAUCUGUUCCAAGGCAUCGUAUUACGCAGGGGUGCUAAGGGAACUGGGAUGAAAUCAAUAGAACUAGCACUUUCCAUGUGUGACAUUGUUGACAUUUAUGGUUUCACUGUUGACCCUGGUUACACAGAAUGGACUCGAUACUUUUCUACCCCAAGGAAAGGGCACAACCCACUCCAGGGGAGGGCAUAUUACCAACUCUUAGAAUGCCUUGGAGUCAUACGAAUCCAUUCUCCUAUGCGAGCAAAGAGAAACCAAGACUGGUCCGAUGUGCCUGGUAGAGAAAUGAUAAACAGCGCUCACAGAGCUGCAUUGCGUCUGAAAAAGAAGCAAGCUGGGCAAGAGGGAGAAUUGGGACAAUUUGUUAACUGUAAAGUAUGGGGCAAAUCAGGUCCCUAUGGCACUGGGCCUAUAUCUGGUUCCGCAGACAUGACAGAUACCAGGAAGAAUUCAAAUUACAAUCGAUGGGAAGCCAUGCCUUUUGAGAGCUUGAGGGAGGAAGCGCGAAAGCACUACACUCAGAUGGAAGGCGUGUCUUUGUACAAGAUGGAUGGCAAUAAGCUGGAUGAUUUAGUCUGCGUGAAAUCCGAGGCAUGAAACAAUGGCUUGAUAUGAUGGUCCAUUGGAGUAGAACCUAAUUAAUGUUUUUACGUGAACAAAUACGAGAGAACCAAGUGAUUUGGGCUCAACACCUCAAGCAGCUUCCCGUGAGUGUAAACUAGUGACUGGCACCAAAGAGCUUAACUGGGAACAUUUUAACCAUCAUCCAUUGGAAGUGCACUGCAAAUUUGACUGAAAUUUUCAUAUACCUAAUGAUCUGAAGAAAUGAGGAAAGAAGGGACUAUACUCUGAGCUGUCCUUUUAACUUUUCUUAAAUUACACAUUGAUUUUGCAAGUAAAGAAAUUUCGUGUUCCAUAUUUACUUGGUUUUGUUAUAUAACCUUUCUCAGUUAGGAACA